AUGGAAACUAAUGAAGCAAACGAAAUCGUCUCUAAAUUACCUCCACCAAUAUUUAUUAAAACAAGAGUUCAAAAUUAUCGACAAUUUUGCGAGAAAAUAAAAGAUAUUAUAGAACUGACAGACGAUUUUACCUGCAAAAGCUCUACUGAAUCAAUUAAAAUAAACACUACCUCUUCAAAUGCAUACAGAUCCUCAAUUAAAUAUCUAAAAGAUGCAAAAGCUGAAUUUUUUACAUAUCAACUAAAAGAAAACAAACCAUACCGUAUCGUCAUUAGAAAUUUACAUCCUAACACUUCACCUGACUACAUAAAAGAAGAACUCGAAAAAGAAGGAUUUCAAGCGAGAAACGUCACAAAUGCUCUGCAUAGAGUCUCAAAAAUAAAACUAUCCCUAUUUUUUGUAGACCUAGAACCAGCGCUUCACAAUAAAAACAUAUUCGAGCUCAAAACUAUUUGCUACACCAAAGUCAAAAUCGAAGCACCUCGUAUCAAUAAACUAACACCACAAUGCUUGACUUGCCAAAAUUACGGUCACACCAGAACUUACUGCAACAACCAUCCGAGAUGUAUCCGUUGUGGUGAAAACCACAGAACUGACAUAUGCACCAAAAGUCGAGACCUCUGCAAAAUGUGCGUUAUGUAA